UCUUUUCUUUUUAUUUAUUUAUUUUUUUUAAUAAAAAAUUCUGAAUCUCACUAAAAACAUUGUUACAAGACACAUACAAAAGCAUCAUUGUGACAAUCCAUUUACAAGUGAUCCACAUGUUCCUUCCCAACGCAAACAGAAACUCUUUCUAUAGCUUCACAAUAAGGAUGUAAAAGGUGAUGGUAAUUAACAGCCUCAUUCCCACUUCAUGGGUUACGGUCUAGCAUCUCUAUCUGUGCUCUACAUCCUAAAUGCUUAUCAGAAAAACACAUCAUUAUCGAAGUUUUAUCUGGAAAACUCUGUUAUACCAAAUUGAAUGAAGAGUCAUGUGGAAAAGAUCAUACUUCAAGGGCUUAGCAUGCCAGAGAAAAUGCUUUUGAACCUUCCUAACCCCAAGUUGCAUCUGAAGAUAUUCUCUUCCGGUAUUGAAAGUAGUAUGUCUUUCAAAUUGGGAAUGUCUUUCUCUGCAAGAAUUAAUGAGAAUGCUCCCCAAUCCAAAACCUCAAAAAAUGGUGGCACAAAGUUGUCAGAUAUAAUCACAGGCACGCACUCAUAAAAGAUGGCUUCAACCACGCGUGGGCUGUUCACCUCAUAACCCUUGGGGCAGAUACAGUAUUUGCUACUCUUCAUGUGCUGGAUGUAAUUCAUUUUGUUUGCAACACCAGGAGACAUUGGACCAAAUAUCUUCAUCUUGGGGUCUUUGUCCUUCCAGUACUUCAGCAAGAUAGGACGCAAAUACCCGUGCAUAUUCCCGGCAUAGAAGGCUAGAAUGUGCCUCUGAGAUGGUGGUUUUCCUCCAAGAUCCCUAAGAGGAUUUCUGGCGGCUCGGACAUAGGUUUCUGGAAGAGACACAUCCCUUCCUAUUUUGAAGCCUGCUGUCACAUCAGCAUUGCAGAGGGCUUUUAUGCAAUGUUCCAUGUGAUGCCUCGUCUCGUAU